GGAUGAUGUCAAACAUUAUUUAUUUAUAUGUAACAUGUAACCCUUCACAUGGAUGUCAGGGCAAAGUAAUAUUGAAUGAAACUGUGUGCCUGUGCAGUGCGUAAAAACAGUGGGAGUUAAUAUGUGACUUUGAAAUACACUGAUAAAGAUUAAGGUCAGCACUAUGUACCUUUAUCUACGACAAGGUGACGUUUUGGAACUGAUUUCUGGUGUUGUUCUCAAGGACGGAUAUCGACCUGUGGUGGGAGAAGUGGGCAAUGACCUCCAACUGGAGCCCGCCAUUUGGUUCAAAUCUCUUAUUAUAGACGCCAUCUUAAUUGACUGUGACCGUCGACAAGUUCGAUGGAGCCGUGCACGCAUAAAACCGGGCGAGCGAAUCAGCGAGGAAAUUGAUGACGUAUCUAUAAUGUGCGAGCCGGACAACGUCAUCAGAGCAAAACACUUCGAUACCUCUGUUUUCGAAGAUUACGAUUACAGUGAAUUGGAUCCAAAAGCACAUGAAAUAUUUGAAGCAACGAAACAAUUGUUGAUCAGUAUAAGAAAGAAAGAGUUGAAUGAUGAACAAUUCAAAACAGAAUUGCUAAGACUGCUCCAUUGUUAUAUUAUGCCUUCUGUAUCACUGACAACAGAUGACAUUACAAACCUAAAGAAUGCGCUUGCACGGGUUCAGAGCCAGUUACAGAACAUUGACAAAAUUAUUCUUAAGAAGGACAGAGCCGUUCAGUUGACAGAAUCUUCUAUGGCUAAACAACGAGAGACUUUGUUAGAAAGAGAAGAUUUUACAAGUGAAAAGCAUAUUCUGUCUUGCAGUCCCAAAUUCAUACAAGCAUUUGAAAAGCAAAUUGGAAAAGACGUGGAGGAGACGUGGCAGACAAUGGAAGUCAUGCAGAAGAAAGUGAAUGAAUUAAAGCGGGAUAGCUGUACCUCCACCGAACUGGAACAAGUAAGAAAAGAGCGAGAUAAAUGCUACGAAAAGUGGGAAAAACUCAAAGUUGUGAAGGAAACCAUCAAAGAAGCCAUACUUAGGCGCAAAAAAACCAACAAACGAUUGUCAAAGUUCGAAACAUUGAAUGUUUUCCACAAUGUUUAUAUUGAGAUCAAUGAACGACUUCAGGCAGAGAAGGAAGAAAUACAUAAACUGUGUUUGCAUAAAGUCCAAAUUUCUUCUGUUCGAGAAGCUAUUGAGUUAGCGCUGGAUGAAUUAAAGACUGAUGGUCAGACGUUAGGUUGGCAGAUGAAAUCUGAUGGCACUACUGAAAACGACAUCAAUGGCAUGAGCUGCAAGCCAAAAGACUGGUACACCUUAGAGGAAACAAUUUCAGCCAUAUUGGCUGACGCCAAACAUGACGUAACACAGAAACACGUUAGAUUCUGUGCAGGAAUACAAGACAAGAUUAUCUCGGCCUUGAAGGAGGGUCAACUUUUUGAAAACCAAGUCAAUCCCUUAGAAGAAGACCUUUCAGUACUUUCCUCUAGUUUUGUCCACAUUGAAGAUGAUCUUUUAGCUUCAGGGGACCGAUGUAGAGACCGACGAUCCAGACGGGGGCGCUCAACAAUGUGUAUUCCAGAAGACGAUACUCAAGACGUUCCUAGAAGAAGAGAAACAGUCUACCAGUCUCUUAUUGACACAGUUAAACGAGAAAUUAACGAACAUAUAGUCAAUAUGGUGGAAUUACUGUCACAAAUUAACCCUGAACAUACUCGUGCCGGGGGAAGUCAGUCAAACGCGAGCGGAAAGAUAUCUAUUUGUUACCAGAAUCAUCUAUGCCAUAAAAUCAUAGAGCCCCUAGAAUCAUUAUAUGAGAAAACAUACGGCAGUAUGUGCAUAAAUGUGUUUAACAAAGUGAAGGACAUGUCUUUUGAGGAACUCGGGAUUGACGAACCAUGGAUACGUCAUCUUAACGAUCUAUCUUCGCCUGUUCACAUUACGGACGUCAAAGUACCUAUAGAGAACAUUUCCUUGACUAGUGUACCUUCCAUAACUUCUGAUCUUAGUCUGUUCUCGAUCGGUAAAAUGCCCAUCGAUGAACUUUAUCGGCGGGCCGAAAAAGAGGGCACAAAAUUGGAGAACUGUAUGGAAUCUGGACAAUAUGCCAGUCCUUUUCCUGAAGAUUCAGAAUUGACCCACCCCAAGAACAUGCUUGACGCCUCACCACCCAAUGAGAGCGAUACAAUAGCCUUUCAUGAGCCUCCGCCGUCCUAUGAAGAAUCAUCGAAAUUACCGCCUUGUUAUGAACAAAAUAGCCUCGCCAGUCAAAUAAUUCAAGAGGAUGGACAAAGCUUGUACGAUAUUUUACAACCAGGCCUUGAUAUGAUCCACACUUUGGUGAUGGAAAACACAGUCACGGGUAAACUGAAAUUAAUCACCAAGACCUAUCGUUUUGUUGGUGAUCAGGUGUCGACGCUGAAGUCUGCAGCCUCACUUCAGGAUUUCAUGGGUUGUUGUGAUGAACUCCUUACUCUUCUAAUUGUGUUACUAACAUACCUCAAUGAGGAGGAUUUCAAAAGACUAUACGUUCAGAUGUACAUGGUGCUUGACUUCAAGCCCCAGUGCAUGUUAGGUGGCGUACAUGACUGUUCUCUUACAAACUUUUUUGCGGCAUUUCAGUAUCUCCAAGAUCGAUUAGUCAUGCAGAAUGUGCGGCAAAGCAAUACAGAGUCCAAGUAAUUGAAAUGCGUCAAAAUACUGUUAAAUACUGUACACAUAUUUUCGUGGGGUCAAAUUUUCGUGGUUUGAGGGAAAAAAUGGUUCUUUGAGACUUGAUUUCUAUUUGAAAUUUUGCAUUUCGUGGAGGACAUUAAUUCGUGGGUCUCUUCAUACCACGAAAACAACGAAAAUUAAAACCUAUGAAAGCUUGUGAUUUCGGACAGUAGUAAAUUUCAUGUUUCUGGUGAAUGUUAAAGCCUAUAACGUGUGCCAAAUGCUAUUUUUGGUAUUUGUUUUAUUGUAGCUUGCUUUGCAAAGGCCUUUUUGUUUUUUGUUUUCUUUAUGAUCAAAUAUAAGAAUAAAAAAUCUUCAUUUUACAUGCACCAUGCUGAGAUUUGCUUUUUUGUGGCUCUAUUGGUUGUUUUAACUUCUUUACUGAGUUUACUAUUUAUUAUGUUGUGAUUUGUGGAUGGUGUGUUUACAACCAUUGCUAUUUUUAUCUACAUGUUCCUAACUUGUUUUCAUUAUAUAGUUUCAUCAGUACUGGGUUUCUGUAUUGUUAUACCUUUAAAUAUAUGUUUCCUUUAUAAAUCUAUACCUAAAAUGUAUAACAUUUCCAUUGUUUACUUAGCAGUCAAAAAAAUCUAUGUUUUACCGCAGAGUAAGAUAUAUUGGACCUGUCGGUGAGAUAAUGGACUGCUUACGUCACGUGAGUGGGAUCAGCCUAAAUAUUAUUUGCAUUCGUUUGUGUUCGCAGUGAAGUUUAACCGCAGUGCGGGUAAAAGAAAUUUACAUCAUGGAAGCCAGCACAAGAUACAUGUAUGUCAGACACAAAUAUAUAAAAGGUAUAACAAAACAUUUAUUGACUGCGUUCACGGGCAAAAUGCGUUUUGUCGACCCCUCGAACAAAUCUGUUCGGCCCAAGGCAACCGGUUUGGUUCUUGGGUCCGCCAAAAUGCAUGUUGCCCUCGAACCCAGUCGAUAAAAGUAUAUUGCUACCAUAAAGGAUGAAAAUGCGCGUUUUCUAAAUCAAUCAUUGUCUUUUAUGAUUAGAAGUAACGUUUUAAAAUUUUAUAACAGGUUUGUUGAUCACUAUUGAUACAUUACACAGCUGUUAUAUGCGACCCAGCCUUUACAAAUAUAGUAUUGCUUUUGUUUUACUUGAGUGUGGAUUUGCAUAAUAAAUUUAUAUGAUAUUGAUAUGAUCAUUAGACUGUGUCAAAGUUUGUAAUUCUUUUUAUUUGCGGGUUGUUGUUGUACAUGCAUUCACGCAGAUACUCGCGGUGUAUUUAGUAUUACUACACUGUCAUUUGAUUAUUUCAUUAAAUGAAAUGAAAAUAUAAA